AAUUAGCAGGAAAGUCGCGCUCCGUAAAAUAGAACCUUUAUUAUAUAUAAAAAUGUAUUUAAUAGAAAAAAAUCACAGAUGUGCAUUACAGGAGGCGUGUGCACAUUACACCGCUGAGCUGCAGCUGAGUGGCAGUGAGAAAGCUGCACAUACACGCUAACUACACGCUAACUACAUUUAAUAACAAAAACUCAUCACAGGACUAUAAGACAUGGAGAGGAGGGGGGGGGGUAGAUGAAGAGCACCUGGAGGAGAUGAUAAUGAGUUUACAAGUUCAUUAAUUUAGUAGUUAACGAGGUGAUUUCAGCUUCAGUUUAAUAUCAAUCAGAGAAGAAGAGAGAAGAAAAAGACAGAGAGAGAGAGAGAGAGAGAGAGAGAGAGAGAGAGAGAGAGAGUUAAAGCAGAGCUUCUGAUUAGUUGGUAUUGUGGAUGGUGGCAGGUAACGUGAAAAGGGAGCAACAGUGUGAUGAUGGUCAGUGUGUGGAUCCUCAGUGUGGCGAAGGUCAGUGUGAUGGUCAGUGAGUGGAUCCUCAGUGUGGUAAAGGUCAGUGUGAUGGUCAGUGUGGAUCCUCAGUGUGGUGAAGGUCAGUGUGUGGAUCCUCAGUGUGGUGAAGGUCAGUGUGAUGGUCAGUGUGUGGAUCCUCAGUGUGGUGAAGGUCAGUGUGAUGGUCAGUGUGUGGAUCCUCAGUGUGGUGAAGGUCAGUGUGAGGAUCCUCAGUGUGUGGAUCCUCAGUGUGGUGAAGGUCAGUGUGAGGAUCCUCAGUGUGGUGAAGGUCAGUGUGAUGGUCAGUGUGUGGAUCCUCAGUGUGGUGAAGGUCAGUGUGUGGAUCCUCAGUGUGGUGAAGGUCAGUGUGUGGAUCCUCAUUGUGAAGAUCCUCAGUGUGGUGAAGGUCAGUGUGAGGAUCCUCAGUGUGUGGAUCCUCAGUGUGGUGAAGGUCAGUGUGUGGAUCCUCAGUGUGGUGAAGGUCAGUGUGAUGGUCAGUGUGUGGAUCCUCAGUGUGGUGAAGGUCAGUGUGUGGAUCCUCAGUGUGGUGAAGGUCAGUGUGUGGAUCCUCAUUGUGAAGAUCCUCAGUGUGGUGAAGGUCAGUGUGAGGAUCCUCAGUGUGGAUCCUCAGUGUGGUGA